AGGGCCCAUCUGACCUGAGGCCUGAGAUCAAACCCACCGCAGAGCCCAAAUAGCCCGUCGUUCUCUCUGUCACUCUGUCUCGCCUGCUCCUCAGAUCGGAUGGAUCCGUCGGCGUCGGCGUCGCUGGUGGUGCGGAGCCCGCGGCAGACGGUGAGCCUGCUGCGGAGCCGGCGGCCGCAGUUCGGUCGGCCGGAGCGGGAGCGGGGGCGGGAGCGGAACCCGCCUCGGCGGGGGAGGGAGGCGUCGGGGCCCAAGCCGUCGGAGGUGUACGGGUUCGUGGGGUCCAUCACCGUGGUGACGGCGACGGCGGUGUACCUGGCGUGGGCCUACGCGCCGGAGCCGGCCCUCCGGUCGCUGGGCAUCACCUACUACCCCACCAAGUACUGGGCGCUGGCCGUGCCGUCGCUCGCCAUGGUCGCCCUCGCGCUCUCCCUCCUCGCCUACCUCGGCUCCAACUUCGUCGCCACCCCUCCCCCCACCUCCUUCUCCACCAUCUUCGACGAGUACAGCCGCGAACGCCCCGGCGCCGCCGCCGCGGUUCAUGUGGAUGCCGCGACGGCGCAAGGAGAUGAGGAGGAAGAAGAAGCGGAGAGGCCGAUCGAGCCCAUUUCGGACAUCAGCAUCCAUCACAUCAACAACCUCAUGUUUGGUGAUCACUGACGACCCGCUCGCAUCAAAAUUCAGUUCCAUUCCCCGCCGUCGCGACGAUUUUUCUGUAACUAUGAUAGUAGCUGAUAGUGCAGUGGUGCUGUUCUUCUUCUUACAGUGCUUGCUCGCCAAAUUCUGAUAAAGAAAUGUUGUCUUGUCUUGUAAGUAUACUGUGAUUUCUCUAAGUUCUUGAGCUUCUUCUUGAGUCUAUACAUAGCCCAGUGGUGGAUAAAUUAAUUAGUCCCAAAAUGGGGAUUGGAAUUUUAAGUAAGGUGCCAUGGGCAGGGCACAAGCCUCCGACAAUGGCUCCCCUCCGCUCUGCCAUGCCGGCCUCGUCCUUAUUUAGCUUUGCUUUUGCUUGCCUCAUAAUUUUAACAAGUUAUUUUUGGCAAACAAGAAGAGUUCUGAAUCAAUGAAGACAGCGACGACGAUGACGCCUGCUCUCGCCGCCACGGUGC